AGAAGUUUGGAAACUCAAGGGUUUUUGGUUUUUUGUUUUUUAAAAAAAGAGUGUCCGUUUUGUUGAGCAUGCACCCCUUGCAAUAAAUUUUGAGUCAGCACCACAACGACAGCUCUGCGGUCCUCCGAUGGAGCACUGAUCAGGUGGUUGCAGAGCCCCUGGAAACGGCAGUACGAUGCAGCUGAGGAGGCAAAGCACAGCCCACAGACAAACGGCGGCUACCCUCGAGAGCAAGCCGACCUUUGCGUUCCAAUCUUUCAGGGAAACGAUGCACUGAUACUGCAGCAGGGACUGGAGGCAACAAUGGAGUAUCGGGUCUUGAAGGCAUCGCCCUGCAUCCUGGCUCUUCUCUUCUUCAUACCAGCUGUCCAGGGGAUUUGCCCUUCGGUGUGCUCAUGCUCAGGAAAUGACAGAAGCGUGGACUGUUCUGGCAGAAACCUGACCAUGCUGCCACAUGAACUUCAGGACAACAUUACCUAUUUAAACCUGUCUUAUAACCACUUUGCUGACCUCAACCACCAGCUAACUCAGCUUGCCAAUUUGAGGUCCCUGGACAUUUCCCACAAUUGGCUCCAGAGCCUCCCAGCUUAUCUGCCCAGGUCACUGUGGGAAAUAUAUGCCGCACACAACAACAUCAAGGUCCUUCAGAAGCUUGACACGGCUUACCAGUGGAAUCUUAAAGUUCUCGAUGUAUCCGGGAAUGUGGUGGAAAGGGCCGUUCUCAUUAACAAUACAAUGAGCAGCCUCAAGUUCCUCAACUUCAGUAGCAACAAGCUUUGGACGAUGCCCACCAACAUUCCUUCCAACACAGAGACAGUGGAUCUAUCCAACAACUUCUUGACACAAAUACUACCUGGCACACUGAUGAGGCUUGCACACCUUUCCAAACUUUACUUGCAUAACAACAAGUUCACCUAUAUCCCUGACAAAGCUUUUGACCAGCUUGCUCAACUCCAGCUAAUCACUCUUUACAACAACCCCUGGUCAUGCGAGGAGGGCGAGCAAGCUCUCUCCUAUUUGCAGAAAUGGAUGGGAGAAACCGGGGCUGCAGUAGUGGGGGUGCCAUGCUUGGAUGAGGCCACCCCACCUUGGAAGGAUGCCACGCCAUUCUCGGCAGCUCCCACAGCUGCAGAGGGCCACCUCCUUGUUAAAGCAAUGAAGGCGGGGGAUACAGCUGGGUCUCCAAUGACAACUGAACAAACCAAACAAGUGCAUCAACAGUUUAGAACGAAGGAGGUUGGUCUGAGCGCCACUGUUGGCCAAACAAUGGCAUUCACAAGCACAGACAGGCCACUGGUCCUCUACCCGAAAGAUCUGAGCACAGAGAAACUUAACUCUUACGAAGUGGCUGCAGCCACACACACUAUCUAUUUUCAUGAUACCACCUCUGUGAAUUCAAGCACAACAGACCUGGCAGGGCCGUCCACAACUCCUAUGACCUUGAGCAUCACCAGAGGGAUGCCUACAAACUAUUCAAAGAGACCGCAGCACAGCACAAGUGUUACUGUAAAGAGGGAAGAAUCGACCACAAAAAUUAACCCUCGGGCACCCUCCAGGGCAAAUAUUCCUAAGGGGUAUCUGUCCUUCAUUGUAAUGCUUACCACAGUGGCCCUGGAGUCUGGCCCUGGAUUUGGGUUCAAAUGAAUAAAUUGCUUCAUUAUCCUAUAUUAAUAAAAUGGUCAAGAGGGAACCUGCUCAAGUCCCACAAAUGAUUCAAAUGCAAGAAGAAACACCAGUUUAGAUUCUGAAACAUGACCGUAAAGAACCAAAUUCUUCCUAAACAAGACUGCACAAAAUUAUGUCUUGAUAACCAAGCUGCUACUUACU